ACAAACAACAACAACAAUGUCAGCCAAAAGAAUGGACUUGAAGAAAAAAUCCCUUUUCAUCCUGAGUGGUGUCACCAAUCCCUUGGGCAAACAUUUGGCCAUUGAAAUGUGUAGCCGUUUCCAAAUGGGAUCUCUCGUCAUGCUCAUGGAUGUCGAUGACAAGUGUCUGCAAGAAGUUCGUCAAGAAAUCGAGACGUCGACCAAAGGACUGCAGGUUGUUUGCUGUAAUUUAAUGGACUGGCAGAAUGCCGAUUCCAAGUUAUUCCACAAUUUACUCGCGACUGUACUCAGCCUACCCCAGCAGGAAGCUGGAGGCUUUAGAGAAUUCGAAUUUGCUUUAAUCGUACACAACGAAGGUACUUUUGCCACUCAUAUGCUAAUGGAACCCCAAGAUGCCGAAUCCUGGAUGGCCUUUGCCAAUCAACAUUUGUAUGCUCCCGUUGCUCUCAAUCAAGAAUUCAUCAAGUGUGCCGCGCUUAAGGAUACCCCCAUGCUGCUGAUCAACAUCAACUCGCAAUUUAUGAUCCAGCCCAUGUUCUACAGUUCGUUGAAGUGCUCCUGCAAGAAGGCCCGUGACAUGUAUUUCCGUUCCAUUGCUUCCGAUGAAAGUCUUCGUAAUGUUACCGUUAUGAGUUAUGCUCCUGGUAUUCUCAAGACCCAUCAGCCACAAUACGAUGAGAACAACAACGUGAUCGAUGUCGCCGAUGUUAUGGCAGGCGAAGAGGAAGAGAAGUGGCUGAAAUUGCCAAGAGUUGAACCCCAGCAGGCCACCCUUAAGCUCAUCAAUAUUUUGGAAAAAAUCUCCUUCAUCUCUGGUCACGAUGUGGACUACUAUGACACCUAUGUUUUAUGAGGAGUACUGUACAAAUAUUAUCGGAAGCUAGGGUGCUACCGCUGCCUAGCAACUGAUAAUAUUUACACAUCGCCCAAUUCAAGAUUUCCGGACUUUGCUAUUGUUACUAUGGACCUACGAAGAGAUAACGA